AUGGUUACUUGUCCUGAAGAAACUUGUCGAGGAGAGAACAAACUUGAUUACCUGCUAGAGGACAAAUUGCAAAGGAUUACAGUCACUGGAGCAAGUAAGGAAGGGAGGAAUGAAGGAAUCAGGCCCAAGAAAUACCAGCAGUUUCUGGCCUUGGUGUUUGCAGUCACAGAGGUCAACAAGGAUCUGGUUCUCCUCCCCAACAUCACCCUUGGCUUCCACAUCUAUGACAACCACCAGAUUGAGAGGGAGAUUUCCUUAAUCAGCCUCUCCCUGCUCUCCACAAGAGGCCAAGUGAUUCCAGGUUACAAAUGUGACCUGCAGGACACUCUGCUGUCCAUCAUUGGAGGUCUCAACUCCAAAUCCUCAAAGCAGAUGGCCUCCAUCUUCAGCAUCUUCAAAGUCCCACAGAUUCUUUACUACCUGAGGGCUGUUCAGUUUAACAACAGUGCUGGAGACGAAAUCUCUUUCUCAGAAAAUCGACUGGGUUCUGCUAAUUUUGAUCUUCUCAACUGGGUUUUCCUCCCCAAUAAGUCUUUUGUGCCCAUGAAAAUUGGAAAAAUAGAUCCCAAUGCUACUCCAGGCAAGGAGUUCACCAUAAACUCUGAUGCCAUCAUCUGGGCCACAAAGCCAGAAGACCAAUAUCCCAACAAGGACCAGGGCCAAUGCAUUGCCAAGAAGAUCCACUUCCUUGCUUAUCAAGACACACUAGGAUGCACUUUAAUGUCUCUCACUCUUUUUCUCUCGGUGACCACAUCUGCAGUCCUGGUGAUUUUCUAUAAACACCAUGAUACACCAAUUGUCAAGGCCAACAACCGAGAUCUCACAUACAUCCUCCUGGUCUCCCUACUUUUCUGCUUCCUCUGCUCCUUUCUUUUCAUUGGUCAACCUAGGAAGAUCACCUGUUUCUUCCAACAGUCUGCCUUUGCCAUUCUCUUUUCCCUUGCGGUUUCCUCUGUAUUGGCAAAAACUGUCAUGGUGGUUCUAGCCUUCAUGGCCACCAAACCAGGGAACAGGACAAGGAAAUUCUUGGGAAAAUUCCUGACAAAUUCCAUUGUUAUAGCCUGCCCCCUGCUCCAAGCAGUUAUUUGUGUCACCUGGUUGGCAACGUCUCCUCCAUUUCCCAACAUGGACUUCCACUCCUUGGUAGGAGAGAUCAUCUUGGAAUGUAAUGAAGGCUCAGCUUUAAUGUUUUACAUUGUCCUUGCUUACUUGUGUUUCCUGGCGCUCGUCAGUUUCAUGGUGGCCUUUCUAGCUAGGAAACUGCCUGACAGCUUCAAUGAAGCCAAGUUCAUUACUUUCAGCAUGCUGGUCUUUUGCAGUGUUUGGGUCACCUUCCUCCCUACCUACCUGAGCACCAAAGGGAAGUCCAUGGUAGCUGUGGAGAUUUUCUCCAUCUUGGCCUCUGGAGCUGCUCUUUUGGCUUGUAUCUUUUCCCCCAAAUGCUACAUUAUUCUGUUGAGGCCCCAUCUUAAUUGUAGAGAAAAUAUAAUAAGAAACAAAAAUCUCUAG